AUGCUGUCUAAAAGAAUCUCUCGAACAUCUGACGAUCUCGAUGCACCUUGGAGACAUACUCCUCGGUUCCAGAAGUAUGAUCCAGUAGCGAACCCGGAUGGAGUUGCUCUCGUUACGAAGGAGCUCGAGCAAUUUGCAAACUCUGGUAAUAUACACAUCCCAGGAGCUGCUUUUAUGUAUGGAUACAGUACGGCGGGCGGACAACGUUUCCCCAAAGCUCUAGCAGCACACCUCAAUGAGUAUUUCCAUCCAUAUAAGCCGCUGACUGGGGAUGAUAUCUUGGCAACCGGGACAGCAACAGCGCUUCAUGAAAUUCUAGCUUUCAGCUUCGGCGAUCCUGGCGAUGGAGUUCUCAUCAGUCGGCCAUGUUAUGGACGAUUUGAGCUCGAUUUUGGCAACAAAGCAGAGAUGCCCGUGGUCUGGGCUGAUUCUAAUGCGGAAAGUUCCUUCAACCCAGAGGUUGUAACGUACCUUGGGGAGAAGCUGCUUCAAUCAAACGCAGCUGGAACCAAAAUCAAGGCCCUCCUUAUAGUGAAUCCGCAUAAUCCUCUUGGACGCUGUUAUCCAAGAGAAACCCUUGUUUCUUUAAUGGCGUUUUGUCAGAAGCACCGCAUACACUUCAUCAGCGACGAGGUUUAUGCUUCCACUGUAUUUGACUCAGGAGAGCCCGACACUUAUCCCUUUACAUCCGUGCUUUCCAUUGAUCCAACGGGAAUUAUUAAUGAAGAUCUUGUUCACGUUGAAUAUGGCAUGGCCAAAGAUUUUGGUUCCGCCGGCCUACGUGUAGGCGCACUGAUUACCCGCAACGCUGCCCUCCAGAAGGGAUUUCAAAGCGUUAUUCGCUUCCACAGUCCCUCUGGGAUGUCGGUCACCGUGGCAAGCGCUAUGCUUGAAGAUAGAGAGUGGUGCAGAAAGUUUCUAGAAACGGCACAGAGCCGUAUUUCUGGGGCUUUCAGACUAGUCACGACUGAGCUGUCUAAUAUCGGCGUUGAAUAUCUCCGUGGCACGAAUGCUGGUCUCUUCCUUUGGAUUGACUUGUCUUCUUAUCUUCCACCAGAGAGUUCCGGCCUGUCUAAAUCUGAAAGAGAGUUCUCUCUGGCUCAGAAACUGCUGGAUGGCGGAGUUUUCCUUCAUCCUGGUGAGGAGCAUGCUCUUGAGGCUGGCUGGUUUAGGCUAGUCUAUACACAUGACCCUCGCAUAGUCUGUGAAGGGAUUAAACGGAUCCAUUCUGUUCUUGAGAAACUCUCAUGGUAG